CGUCAGUCUGUGCGACGGGCGGGCACCGAGCUAUUCUGGUGGCUUCGAGAGCCUUGGAUGGGAAAGGGCGGGUCACAGUGCGGGCAGCGGAGAGAAUGAGUGUCUGAAGGGCGUGAUGGGGGAGGCGGCUAUGGCUGCGGUGCCUUGCCCGCUGCGCGAGGACAGCUUCACGCGCUUCUCGUCGCAGAGCAAUGUGUACGGGCUGGCAGGCGGUGCCGGCGGGCGCGGGGAGCUGCUGGCCGCCACCCUUAAAGGCAAGGUGCUGGGCUUCCGCUACCAAGACCUCCGACAGAAAAUCCGGCCGGUGGCCAAGGAGCUGCAGUUCAACUACAUCCCCGUGGAUGCAGAGAUUGUCUCCAUUGACACCUUCAACAAGUCACCCCCAAAGAGGGGCCUGGUUGUGGGGAUCACAUUCAUCAAGGAUUCAGGGGACAAGGGCAGCCCCUUCCUUAACAUCUACUGUGACUAUGAGCCUGGCUCCGAGUACAACCUUGACUCCAUUGCCCAGAGCUGCCUGAACCUGGAGCUCCAGUUCACUCCUUUCCAGCUAUGCCAUGCAGAGGUUCAGGUUGGGGAUCAACUGGAGACGGUAUUUCUCCUGAGUGGGAAUGACCCGGCCAUUCAUCUCUACAAGGAGAACGAGGGGCUGCAUCAGUUUGAGGAACAGCCUGUGGAAAACCUCUUCCCAGAGCUCACGAACCUGACCAGUAGUGUCCUCUGGCUUGAUGUCCACAACCUCCCUGGCACAUCCCGGCGCCUCUCAGCUGUGGGCUGUCAGAGUGGCUAUGUCCGUGUUGCCCACGUGGACCAACAGAGUCAAGAAGUUUUGCAGACAUGGACAACCCUGCAGGAUGGCCCCAUCUCCCGAGUGAUCGUGUUCAGCCUCUCAACCCCUGAGGAGACCAAGGACAAGCCACAGCAGGAAGAGUACAGUGUGCUCGUGGCUAGCAUGUUGGAGCCAGCAGUGGUGUAUCGGGACCUGCUGAGCCGAGGCCUUGAGGACCAGCUUCUCCUGCCUGGCAGUGACCAAUUUGACAGCGUCCUCUGUGGCCUGGUCACUGAUGUGGAUUUGGAUGGACAGCCAGAAGUCCUGGUGGCCACCUAUGGACAGGAAUUGCUCUGUUACAAAUUCUGGGGCCCUGACCCAGAGCUCCCUGACAGCGAGUGUGGUUUCCGCCUGCUGUGGCAACGGAGCUUCUCAAGUCCCCUGCUGGCCAUGGCUCAUGUGGACCUGACUGGGGAUGGACUGCGGGAGCUUGCCGUGGUCUCCCUGAAGGGCGUGCACAUCCUGCAGCACAGCCUGAUCCAGGCCUCAGAGCUGGUCCUGACCCGGCUUCGGCAUCAAGUGGAGCAGAGGAAACAUCAGUCACAAGGGCUGGGGGAGGGAAUGGGUUCAAGGCCUGCUGAGAACCCAGCCUCUUGAGCACCCACCCAUCCACUCUUCCCAGACCUGGGACAGUUCAUGGGGUACUCACCUGCAAUUGUUGAUGAGGGAUGUCCUGAAGGAGAGAAUGCUUUCCCCACACCACCCCCCG